AUGACUGGUCGUGGCAAGGGAGGCAAAAGUCUUGAAAAAGGAGGCGCCAAGCGUCAUCGGAAGGUUCUGCGUGAUAACAUGAAGGGUAUUACCAAGCCUGCCAUCCGUCGUCUGGCUCGACGUGGUGGUGUCAAGCGUAUUUUCGGUGUGAUCUACGAGGAAACCCGAGGUGUGCUGGAGGUGUUCCUAGUAAAUAUGAUCCGGCCUGCCAUCCGUCGUCUGGCUCGACGUGGUGGUGUCAAGCGUAUCUCCGGUCUGAUCCACGAGGAAACCCGAGGUGUGCUGAAAGUUUUCCUAGAAAUUAUGAUCCGUGAUGCCAUCACCUGUACUGAACACGCCAAGCGCAAAACCGUCACGGCCAUGGAUGUCGUCUACGCUCUGAAGCGACAGGGACGCACCUUGUAUGGUUUCGGAGGUUAA